AUGGGCCAAGAUGAUGAGGACCCAGAAAAGCGUGGGUCAAAAUCUUCAUCGCCGUACAAAUGGUUGAGCAACUUUCACCAUGAUCUGUUGGCAGGGGCGGUUAUGGGCGUUGUAGUGCACACGAUUGUGGCCCCAAUCGAGGGAGCGAAACUAUUGUUGCAGACCCAAGACAGCAACCUGACCAUUGUUGGGAGUGGACGAAGACAAUUUAAGGGUAUGCUUGGUUGUAUUGUCCGUAUAGUCCGAGAAGAAGGCCUUUUAUCUCUUUGGAGAGGCAAUGGCAGUAAUGUGCUUCGUUAUUAUCCUUCUGUUGCGCUUAAUUUCUCCCUUAAGGUUUAA